UCAGUGUGCAUCCUUACAUUUGAUUUUUCUUGCUUCAAUAAAUUACUACGUUUUACGUAACUUUGACAUCAAACCUCAACUUGUCCCUCUCUAGUGAUUGCACCCAAGUUUUCUGAAAUAUGGCCUUUUUCAUCUAUUUUUGUGUUGCCACUAUCUUCAAAUGGAAACUUUUCUUGUCUCAUCCCGAGCACAAAAUGCUAUCAAUUGCGAGCUAAAUUGGUUGAAUUUUACGUUGUCUUUUAGUCAUUCAUGACGCCAACUAGUUUGAGGAUCAUUCAUUUCAACUCAGUUUUGUUAGUGUCAUCUGUGAGAUUUUCCAAGGAAAAGUAGUCAGUCCAACUCAGGUCACGAAUACAACUUCUCUCUCUCCGUGUUCAAAAUGGAGGCUUCUCCAAAAGACAUCAUCCUAGAUGUGGUCGAUCUGUCCCCAGAAAAUCUGCUUAAUGCCACCUCUCGAUCUAUGGUCAUUCAACAGCUUCUGGACUGUUUUUCCAACGUUGGUUUUUGUCAAAUCAAAGGGAUUGAAGGGUAUGACUCGGCAAAACUGCUUAAAUGGACCAAAUUUUUCUUCUACGACAUUCCUGAAGAAGACAAAAUCAAACAAUGUGGAACACGAGCGUUCAAUCCAAAUAAUUCGAAUUCUUACCGCGGUUACUUUCCCGUCCAGCCGGGACAAUUAUCUUGCAAACGAGGGCUCGACCUUGGCCACCUUUUAGAGAUCCCGGCUCAUUUAAAGGGCAUUCCAUUGGUGGAACGUACCCCUUUCUUAAAAAUUGAGACCCGAGAAAAAGAGCUUGAUGAAUUCUAUGAGGUUAUGUAUGAUCAUCGACAUCUCAUGCAUCAAACGGCCGACUUAAUCAUGAGCUUGUUGGCUGAGGCAGGAGGUGAAGAUCCCAGUUACUUUGAGACAAUGUUUUCUGAUUGCCCUCUACACACAUUCCGGCCCCUUCAAUAUCCCAAAAGAGUAGAGAACAUUCCGCGAGGAGCUUACCUUCCAGACGGACGAAGUAACAAUUUCAUUAUUCAUGUCGGAUUUGGAAACUAUAAACCACCUACUCAAACUCAUUUUCAAUUUUCAGUCUUGUCGACGCCUGCUCACAUGGAUAGUGGUUUCCUCACUCUCCUGCAAACCUUUCAUUAUCCCGGGUUGGAGAUCCAGGUUGAUGGGAUUUGGUAUGCCGUCCCGCCACCCAAGACUCCCAACACCAUUGUGGUCAACUUAGGGGAGCAAAUGACGGAAAUGUCUAACGGACGAUUUAAGGCAACCAUCCAUCGUGUGAUUGAUAUCGGAGAGGACAGGUUCUCCAUUCCGUUCUUUUAUGAACCCGGCUGCGACACCAACAUAAACGUGAAGAUGCCCAAGAGACUCUUGCCCCCGGGAACUGAAUCGAGCUACCCGACAGAAAAGGAGCCUCUACCCUUCGCAGCUUUCCUAUUGAAUAAACUCCCCAUCUAUGCCGAGUAUAGUUCAAUUUGCGACCAUUUGCCCGAUUGGGUGAGGAAGAAGUACCUCGGGCACAAAUCUAUCACUGGAUGCUGGGCGACCCAAUCUGGUAUUGAAAUCGACGGAUCCAAGUUGGAAAUUUAACAGGCCGAACAAAGCAGUUAUUUCUUAUUUCCAUUAUCUGAAAGCGUUGAAAUCAAAGCUAAUUUGUGGCUUUCAGAAAUAAAUUCUACACCCGGAAAA